CCGCCCCCAAAGCUACGCAGGACAGCGGCACGUGCUGUCUAGCGCGCUUUACGGCCGCCGCACGAAGGCGGAGGUUCCGGGCCGACGCAGGGUAAUCAACGGUUCCGGGCUCGCGCUCCACCGCGUUGUCGGUAGGCUGUUCAUCCGUUGGCGCUCCCACGGCUCGGCGAUCAUGGCGGCGGUGGCGGCACUGUGGCGGAGGGCGGUGGAGAUCGUGAAGACCAAGGAGUUCCGGGAUUACGUGACCAGCACGCACUUCUGGGGUCCAGUGGCCAGCUGGGGCAUCCCGCUGGCUGCCAUCAAGGACAUGUGGGCGCCGCCGGACAUCAUCAGCGGCCGCAUGACGACGGCGUUCAUCUUAUACUCGAUGGUCUUCAUGCGCUUCGCCUACCUCGUACGGCCUCGCAGCUUGCUGCUGAUAGCGUGUCACAGCACCAACGUGGUGGCGCAUGUGCAGGGGGGCCGCUAUCUGAUGUACCACUACGGCGGCGCCACGGCGGCCACAGCCGUUGCUGCCUCUGUCGCCUCUCCCGGCUCUACCGCCGCUACCCCCGCUACCACCCCCGCAGCUGAAGACCCUGUGACUGACGGCGACUGCCUGGAGGUCACCGACUACGAUCCGCUGACCCCAGAACAUGAUUGAGAGGGCCCUAUCAAAUCUUUGCAGCUUGCAAGCACUGAACUGUUCUUCCUAAAGAAAAGAUCAAUACAAAGUUUGGUUUUGACUCUGAAACAGUGCGAAUCUGAUUGAAACCUGCAGUUCUGUUAAUAAAAAAUGGCAAAUAGCACAGAACUGAAGCUGUUGAGUGUUGUUUAUUUCGUGACAGGGAAAUAAAAUGGUUU